AGAACCAAUAUGUCAUCAGAUGACAAAGAUAAAAACUAUUUCUAAAGAAGUCAUUUUUAUGUUGUUUUCAACGCAAGUAUUCAAUAUCGCGUCACAAAAUCUGACUUGAAGACUUGAUAAACUUGAAAAAAACAUGGAAUUCCCGUCAAAUUAAUAAAGCAACGUCGUCAAAUCAGAGUCCUGAUUAUCAAAUUAAGGUUAAGUAACUUGAAACAAUGGCUAACAAGCAAGUUCAAGAAACUUCAGGAGGUUAUAUGGAUAACGUUCGAGUGAAGAUAUCAGAAAAAUACAAACCACCACCAAAAAUUGGAUUACCAAUGUCCUAUGCACAAAGGUUGACAUUGAACAAACAAAUCCAAGAUACAAUUCCCAAUUACGAAUUUGUACUCGAGAAGACUGUAGUAGAAAAAAUGAAAGAAUGGAGGAAUGCUAGAUCUGUGAUGUUUCAGCAACUAAGUGUAAGGUUGGAGAAAGCCAAGGUUGAAGAAAAGAAAAAACGAGAGGAAAAAAUCGAGUAUCAACAAGGAGAGAAAGAAGAAGAAAGUUCGCCAACAAAUAACCUUUAUUUAGGACCUAGUCAAUCGUAUCAACAAAAACAACCCAUUCUAGUGCCCACUCAAGCAACGCCUAAUUUGUUUUCAAGCAUUCUUACUCCAAUUCCUUUAAAAGAUCAGAUUUUCGCUCAAAAUAUUGAAUAUAAGUCACCAGAAAAGAGCCCGUUUAAUAUCUCUGAUUUUGAAGCUGAUACAUCAAGUCCUUUUGAUAAUAUGGAACUAAAAUCAAUAAAUGAUUUAGAAGAGUUAGCACAGGUUUUAAAAGGAGACCAGGAUCCAAAACUGCCAUUAAAUUACAGUACAUCCCAGAGUAGUACAAGUUUAUCAUAUCCAGCAGUUGGACCCAGUAAUUAUUCAUAUACCAUUCCAAACACCACAAGUUAUAUGCAGCCAGUGUCAUCACUAUAUACAAACACUAAUGGAUAUUAUUAUCCUCCAGAAACGAUAGCAAAAAGUACAGCUUAUAAUUCGCCAUACCCAUACUCGAAUCAAAUUGAAAACAGAAAUUAUAGCUGUUCGCCAGGGCAAGAGUCGAAGAUGUCCACCUAUAAAAAUAUACCAGAUAUAAUGAAAACUUUGCAGAAUGAACUCAACAAUACGCAUCUAGACAAUACACGAAGCAUUGUGGAACCUCGUCAAAGUAAGGACGCUGACGUUUUCCCAAAAGUUAAAACAAAAAGUGAAGAUUUGUGUGAUGAAUUUAAUUCAUUACCAAAAAAUAUGCAAGAUAUGUCCAAAGCAAUUAGUUCCAUGGGCUUUCCCCUGUCAAGGGUGGCGAGGGUAUGCAAAAUUGUAGGAAAUGAUCAAAAAAAGGUGGUUGAACACUUGCUAGCCAUGUCAGAUUUACUGGAUUUAGGAUUUUCUGAAAGUAGAGUGUCAACAGCACUCCUUCAGUGCGAUAAUGAUAGAGAUAAAGCUUUGGACAUUCUUAUUUCGUAGCACCUUAUUCAUGUGGCUGUGCUGAUGUUAUUUGUAUUAUAAUCAAUUUGUAAUUUAUAAUUAUUUAUUUGUAAAUAUUAAUUUGAAAUGAACUCACUUUGUGAGUAGAUAUGCAGAUUCUGCAAUAAACCAUAUAUCAUGUAAUGUCGUUAGGCAAUUUUUUCAGUAUUUUUCAUACUCGCAGCAAUGUUAAGUGCAUUUUUCCUGUAUUGCGGUGAUGAUGUACGUACUUUCAGUUACAAUUAGCUUUUUAUAAGAUUAAUGUUAUCAGAAAAAUACUCAAAUAAAGACAUCCUUGCUAUAUAA